AUGAAGAUGACCCACAAGCAACCCUCUGCCACCGGCGAGAAGCAGUCGGAGGACCCGACAACAAUGGAGGUGCGGCCGCCGAACCCGCAGCAGUCUCGACCAGCGCCACCACCACAAAUUCCGGCGAUGGUCCCGCUAGACGCUCUGGCGGCCUAUCUGAGGCAGCAAGAUCCGAAUAGGGACUGGACAACAACUUUGGCGGGAUUUGGCCAAAUCGGAGGAAUGCCGGCGAUACAAACCCCUGCACCAGAAAUUCUGACCACCGUUAACCCACCUACCACCGUCCCAACUUCCUCGGUCCCCACUUCCAAAAAAUCCUCUCCAACGGCAACCACACCAUCGAAAUCAGAAACCACUUCCCCAGUACACCCCCAAAUUAAACCCAUCGACGCAAUUCCCCUUUCCUCCUACCAAGAUCCUUACAUAGGAGAGAUAGAAGAGGGCGAAGCAGAGGGAAGGGAAGGCGAAGCAGAAGGAAGGGAAGGAGAAGCAGAGGGGAGUGAAAAGGGGGGCGACAAGUCAGAGGAGACACCGGUCACGAAGACAACACCCCAAGAGGAGGGGAAGGGAGAAAUAGAUCUAAACGAGACGGCCAAGAAACAAGGGCUGAUGACUGAUGAUGAAUUUCAGUCGAUUUUGAACAGGGUACAUAGGGGGGAAACGAGCGCGAACGAGAUGGCUGAGGGUAUGGACCUCGCAUCUCAGGCAGUAGGGGAAGCAAGUAGAAGAGGUGGAAGAGAUAAACAACCUGAAGAGGAGAGGCAGAAAUCAGAAACACCCCAGUUUGAAGCGAAAGAGGGUGAAAAGGGAGCAGAAAAAGAGGCCGAGGUACAGCCUGAGGAGCCGGAAACUAUAGCCCCAACAGUGUCAAAACCAAAGCAAGUUAAGAGGAAAUUGGUGUUGAAAAACGAUCCCAAGGCAAAAAGGCAGAAACCCAAGCGAGUGUCACAGAGAUGUUUAGGAAAGUGGACGUCCAGCAAGGCAGGAGCAAACAUAGCAGCAGAUGCAGUGGAGAUCUCUAGUGAAGAUGAGAGGACUACUCCUACAAAACCUGGGGAGGAGCCCUCGACAACUAGCCAGGAGGAAGCCCCAAUGGCAACAGGGAUGGUUCCACCAACGCUAGUUGACCAAGAGGAAGAAGCUGACAAAGUGGCUGAGGGUCUGGACCUUGAAGUCAGUAGGUCAAGAGGAGACGAUAGAUGA